GCAUGAUGGAGCCUAUAUCAGGAACGUUAUUGCUUGGAUCGCUGAAAAACUGGGCAGAACCAGAUGCGUAGAGGUACCCACCAGCCUAGUUGGAAUAGAUUCUCGCGUACGAGAAAUUAGUAAGCAUUUAGACGUUGGAGGAUCAAAUGAUGUUCGCAUAAUUGGAAUUUUGGGUAUGUGCGGACUGGGUAAGACAACGGUUGCAAAAGCCGUUUUCAACAAACAUCAUCAUAGUUUUGGCGGUGCAAGUUUCCUUCAAAACGUGAGGGAAAAGAAACUGGUUGAUUUGCAAGAACAACUUCUUUCUGAUAUCUUGAAACCGGCCUACAUAGUGGUAAGUAGUAUGGAUGAAGGGACCAAGGAGAUCGAACAAAGGUUAGGCAACCUAAGGGUACUUGUCGUAAUUGAUGAUUUAGACAGUGUAGAACAAUUAGAUGCUUUGGCUAUAAAACCUGACUCCUUUGGUCUGGGGAGCAGAAUCAUUAUAACAUCAAGAAACGAACAUUUGCUAAAGAUACUUGACGUGGAUAAGAUAUGUCCUCUGCCAGCAAUGAAUGACAAAGAAGCUCUUGAGCUACUUAGUUGGCAUGCCUUUAGAAAGAAUUAUCCUAAUGAAGAGUAUGUUGAGCUCUCAAGAAAAGCUGUUGGCUGCUGUGGAGGUUUGCCACUAGCACUUGAAGUCUUAGGUUCUUAUCUACGUACAAAAAGCACAAGUGAAUGGGAAACUGUACUGGAUAAAUGGAAAAGAUCACAGCCUUAUCGGGAAAUUCACGGAAGACUUGAAAUAAGCUAUGAUAGGCUAACUGAUGAUGACGUGAAGGCUAUAUUCCUUGAUAUCUCUUGUUUCUUUAGUGGAAUGAACAAGGACUAUGUUAUGACAGUACUGGAUGGCUGUCAGUUUUAUCCAGAAAUAGGGAUUCGAGAACUCCAAGAUCAAUGCCUUGUAACUGUUGAUAAAGAAGGCAAUCUCAUGAUGCAGGAUUUGAUUCAAGGCAUGGGCAGAGAAAUUGUGCGUGCAGAAUCCCCUGACAAUCCUGGAGAACGUAGUAGAUUGUGGCAUAAUGAAGAUAUAACAGGCGUAUUGACGAAGCAAUCUGGAACGGAAGACGUUGAAGGACUCGCUCUAGAUAUGCAAGAGUCUGAUCAGUGUAGCUUCAGUACAGAAGCAUUUAGAAAGAUGCAGAAUCUGAGAUUGCUCAAACUCAAUAACAUAAAGCUCAAUGGAAGUUACGACAAUCUUUCCAAAGAGUUAAGAUGGUUGUGUUGGCAUGGAUUUCCUCUGAAGUUCAUACCUAAAGAUUUCGAUCAACCAAACCUAGUUGCUAUUGACCUGAGCUAUAGCAAACUCAAACGAGUUUGGGAGGAUACUGACGUGAAGCUGCUCAAGAAUCUGAAAAUCAUCAAUCUCAGUCAUUCCCAUGACCUAACAGAAUCACCAGAUCUUUCCAAAGUCCCAAAUCUUGAAAAACUGAUAUUGGUAAACUGUAGAAAAUUGUCUCAGAUUCACCCAUCCAUUGGGCAUCUUGAAAGACUUUCGUUGGUAAAUCUUGAAGACUGCAAAAUGCUUCGGUAUUUUCCAGGGGAUUUCUGUAAGUCAAAAUCAGUUGAGACUCUUAUUCUUAAAGGCUGUACAGGAUUUAUGACUCUGAGGGACAAGGGGAAGCUGAGGGACAAGGGGAAGAUGGUAUCAUCGACAACGCUUCAAGCAAGCCAUACAAUGACAACGAAAUUACCAUCCUCAGUAGCUGGAUUGAAGAACCUGAGAUCUGUGCUCCCUUCAUCGCAUGGCUUAAAUUCUUUGACACUUUUAAGUCUUGGAAACUGCGGUUUAACUGAUGAUGCAAUCCCUGAGGAUCUUGGGAGUCUAUUUUCUUUAGAAAUAUUGGAGCUUGCUGGCAAUUUGUUUUGUAGCCUACCGAGCCUCAGUCGACUCUCCAAGCUUAAAAUGUUAGAUUUGAGUCGUUGCAUACAUCUUCAGGAAAUCCCAGAUUUACCAACAAAUUUGGAAAUCCUGAAAGCGGAUGAGUGCAUUGCAUUGAAAAAGAUGCCAGAUUUUUCAGAAAUGUUGAGUAUGGUAGAACUGCAUCUGAAUCACUCCCCCAAACUCACUAAGAUUCUAGGCUUGCAUAAGUCGUUAAACACCAUGAGAAGGAUUCAUAUGGAAGGGUGCACCAAUCUCACUGCUGCUUUUAUAAAAGCAAUCCUACAGGGAUGGGGCGUGAGCAGAAAUGGUGAUCUUUUUUGUCCAGGAAAUGAUCUUCUAUCAGGGUUUACAUGCGAUGACCCUAAGGAUGAAAUAGUUUCUUCUCUUUUUAUCCCCGGAAAUGAUCUUCCAUCAGGGUUUACAUACUUUGACCCUAAGGAAGAAAUAGUUGUGCCGCAAUGUUUUGGUGAUGAUGCAAGAGCAUUGACUCUGUGCAUCGUUUAUUCUUGCGACAACUCCCAAUCUAGUGAUUCACUUUGCAUCCGUGUUGAAAAUCGUACCAAAGAAACUGAGAUUUCAAGCUGUCCAAUGUAUGCCACCGUACUAAAUCGCCAUGAAAGUUAUAUUUGGCUGGGACGUUUAUCAAACAAUACGCUCAAUGUGAACGGUGGGGACAAGAUAAAUGUUGGUGCGCACUUUGUAGGACACGGGAGUACAGACGAUAUUCAUCUCAGGGUGCAGAAAAUAGGGGUUUACCUGGAGCAGGAAAAUGUAGUCGAUGAAUUUUCCAAUCCAAUGACACUUUCCAGUGAGUAUGAGAAGGAGGUCAAUCUUAUGCAAGACGAGGUGAGACUCUCAUCUGAGGAGAAUCUGUCUCGUAAAAGACAGAGGUAUGACAAGGAUGUCAAUCUUAUGCAAGACGAGGUGAGACUCUCAUCUGAGGAGAAUCUAUCUCGUAAAAGACAGAGGUAUGACAAGGAUGUCAAUCUUAUGCAAGACGAGGUGAGACUCUCAUCUGAGGACAAGGAUGUCAAUCUUAUGCAAGACGAGGUGAGACUCUCAUCUGAGGAGAAUCUGUCUCGUAAAAGACAGAGGUAUGACAAGGAUGUCAAUCUUAUGCAAGACGAGGUGAGACUCUCAUCUGAGGAGAAUCUAUCUCGUAAAAGACAGAGGUAUGAGAAGGAUGUCAAUCUUAUGCAAGACCAGGUGAGACUCUCAUCUGAGGAGAAUCGAUCUCGUAAAAGACUGAAGUCUAACGUUGUUGAAAGAAAUGCACAAGAAAUUGAUGCCCCAAUAAACAGCUGCAUGGACUAGGAGAAAAAAAAGGACGUAAAAGAGAAUAAAGAGAACGCCGGUGGUGACGAGUGGGCUUGGCAGUGAGGCUUUCAUCAUUUGGAUUUAGGGUGAUGGUUCUUUUACUGCAGUUUUAUCUUUAUUUGUAAUAGUUGUAUGAUCACACUUUCGAUUAUGCGUAACACUGCACUUUUAUGUGUUUAUAGUUGUGUGAAACUUCUAGCUGCUCUAAUGUGAUGUGAUAAUAACGAGAGUUAAUCCCGAGAUAAUUUGUGUCCCCAAGUGGGGAGGUUGAUAAGUGAACUUGUAGAAGCUUUGGAUUUCUUAGUGAUGAACGUUUUUGGUCAAA